UCUAAUUAGUAUGAAGUGUGAACAUGGUUAAUUUUACUUCCUUGAUCAUUGGAGAAAUUGGAUUUCUAUGGUUAAUCUUGUUUUUUGUGUUUUCUGUUUUACUUUAAUAGGUGGUUUGGAAUUCAACUGAAUCCUCAGUUUAUGGGUAUCGACCUCAAAUUUUUCUUUGUUAGAGCUGGAAUGAUGGGGUGGCUGCUUAUCAAUUUAUCCGUUCUUGCAAAGAGCAUUCAAGAUGGUACUUUGAGCAAGUCAAUGAUUCUAUUCCAGCUAUUCUAUGCAUUAUACAUCUUAGACUACUUUGUGCAUAAAGAGUACAUGACAUCAACCUGGGACAUAAUUGCAGAGAGAUUGGGCUUCAUGUUGGUCUUUGGAGAUUUAAUGUGGAUUCUUUUUACUUUUAGCAUACAGGGCUGGUGGCUCUUGGCGAACGAGGUGGAGUUAACAACGGCAGCCAUUAUAGUUAAUUGCUUUGUCUUCCUGAUUGGAUACAUGGUAUUUCGAGGAGCAAACAAACAAAAACAUGUAUUAAAAAAGAAUCCAAAGGCUCCUAUUUAGGGGUAAGCCUCCAAAAGUCAUUGGUAGAAAGUUACUUGCUUC